UCGAACGCACCCGUAUUUCCCCUCCAUAGGGGGAGCUCGUCAAGUUUGUGUGAAGUUGUGAAAAGUUGUCAACCCGAAAAAAGACAAGAGAAACUCCUCCCGUCUUCAAAUUAUGAGCAAUCAGCAGCAGGGUGAAAUGGCCGCUGUGGAGAGCGGUGGAGGCUUCAAUCAAAAACGAAACGCAAAUUCACAAGAUUCACAGCAGCCAUCUCCUCUUGCCUUGUUGGCAGCCACAUGCAGUAGAAUUGACACCCCAGGAGAAAACGAUUCACCUGCUGACCAACAACAGCAAAAUCAGCAGCAACAGCUUGAUCUAAACCAAGGGGUUUUCACCUCUAGUGCCAACGGUUGGCAAGUUAUCCCUCUCAGUGUUCAAGCAUCCUCAGGCACCAACACAAUCACUACCGACUCCACAGGAGUGAUGACAGGAGGUGACACAAGCAAGAGUAGACAGGUUCUGUCACCAUCAUCAGUUGCUGUAAGCACUCAGGGACAGCAACAGCAGCCACAGCAGUAUGUAGUAGCUCAGGCUCCAUCACUGCAGGGUCAACAGGUGCUUACCACCAUAUCGGGUGUGAUGCCCAACAUUCAGUACCAGGUGUUUCCCCAGUUUCAGACAGUUGAUGGCCAACCACUGCAGUUUGCUCCUUCUCAGCAAGAUUCUGGUGUACCUGCUGCUACAGGAGCAGGGCAGCAGUUUCAGAUAGUGUCCUCUCCCAAUGGCCAGCAGAUCAUAGCUGCAGCCAACAGACCUGGUACUUCAGGAAACAUCUUAACAAUGCCCGGUCUCAUUCAGGGAGCUAUCCCAAUACAAAAUAUAAGCUUAGGCAAUAGCGUUUUACAAAACCAACCCCAGUUCCUGGCAAAUAUGCCCGUAUCUCUAAAUGGAAACAUCACUAUUUUGCCUGUCACUGCUGGAUCAACUGGCCAAGGUGGAGAAGCAAACAGUGGGGGAGAUGCAGGAGGAAACCAGCUUGUACAGCAGCAGCAAUCACAGCAACCAGUGUCUUCCAACAGUGGGGUAGCUUACAUGACAAGUGCCUCCACUGCCACUACACAGGCGACCUCUUCUUAUGGAAUAUCCCAAACACAAAACAGCAGUGCAGUGGUGACAGGUACAUUUCAGCAAAACACAGCACCUUCUUUGGGCGUCCCAAUACAGCCAGACAACAGAGAAGGGCAGCAGCCACAGCAGAUUCUUAUUCAGCCUCAACAGGUCAUCCAAGGUGGCACACCCCUCCAGAGCAUCCAGGGGGGUACUGUCACAACUGCAGGUGGUCAGGUGUUUGCUGCUCCCACACUCAGCCAGGAAGGGCUUCAAAACCUUCAAAUUAUGCCAAACACAGGCCCAAUCCUGCUGCGCACCGUCGGCCCCAAUGGCCAGAUCAGCUGGCAGACCAUUCAGAUUCAGAGUCCAGCUGGAGCACAGAUCACACUGGCCCCAGUGCAGUCUCUUCCUCAGCUGGGUCAGCCUCAGGGAACCUCUGCCCCUGGAGGAGUGUCUGUCAACACUGUGCAGAUCCCUGGGAUCCAGACUAUAAAUCUCAACACGCUUGGGAGCUCAGGGCUGCAGAUGCACCAGCUGCAAGGUGUGCCUAUCACCAUCGCCAGCCCAGCAGGAGAACAGCCACUGCAUACAGGAGGAGAAAGUUUAGAUGACAGCACAGCCAUGGAUGAUGAGGAUAUAAGCCCCCCGCCUCAAGGAAGACGCAACAGGAGAGAAGCCUGUACCUGCCCUUUUUGCAAGGAUGGAGAGGGACGCAGGGACCCCAACAAAAAGAAGCAGCAUAUUUGUCACAUUUCUGGAUGCGGAAAGAUCUAUGGCAAGACCUCCCACUUAAGAGCCCACCUUCGCUGGCACACAGGAGAACGUCCCUUUGUCUGUAGCUGGUCUUUCUGUGGAAAACGAUUUACACGUUCAGAUGAGCUUCAGCGCCACAAGAGAACACACACAGGUGAAAAAAGAUUUGUUUGCCCAGAGUGUCCAAAACGCUUCAUGCGCAGUGACCACCUCUCAAAACACAUCAAGACCCACUUAAACAAAAAAGCCACCACUGUUGCCACUAGCAGCACUACAGUUCCGGCCGAUGCAGCUUCACCUGCAGCAGCGACUGAAGCCGGUGCUGGGGCAGUGGCUGCCAGCGAUCAGCACACCAUCGUCACUAUGGAGACCUUAUCAGCUGAGAGCCUAGCUCGAUUAGCCAGCAGUGGGAUCAACAUGAUGCAAGUGGACCUUCACCAGAUUAAUGGAAACACCUACUAAGAAUGGUAGAAGAGCAGGAAGAUGUUGCAUUUGGACGUUUGGGUUAAAAGGGCAUGUCUGACUACAGACAUACAACCUUAGAGAGGCUUAAGGUUGUGACUAAUGCAACAUGACAGACACUAUUGGAUUUAAAAACCAUGUCAGGAAAGUGAUUUCCCUUUGUAUUUCGGUAUCUAUGGCAUUUAAGGGUCAGAUGGAUGAGUUGGAUUAAAAUGAACUGCAUGAAAUUAAAACAACAUGAAUUACCCCUGGAUGGAAAUGACACAACACUAACAUUUGUCCCACUUACAAGAUGCAAGUGUGCUUGAGUGGAAUUGUCAUAAAGUACAGACCGGCUCAUGUUUAACAAGUAGCUAGUAAUAUUCUCUAUGUUUAAAGAGAAGACACUACUAUGUCCAACUCUCUCCCUCCUUUUGAGGGCUGAGCUUUGCUACUUGACCCUCAUCACCUCAGGUUUUUUUAAACUUUCAGGCCCUCAUCAGCCCAUAAUGAAAUUCCCCUAAAACACAAUUUGUCAUGAUGUUGGCCUGCUGAUUUUCUGUGCCAGGUUUCACACUCAUUAGAACUGAAUUUGUUCACUAACAAUCCUAUUGUAGUAGGAGCAAUAUGUAAAGUGUGGACUACUAAAAACAGGGCUGCAAAACAUUAGGUCAUGAUCAGGUUAGAGCCAAACACCCUAAGCAUUAGGAUGAUGUAGGUGUGGAGGCAUUGAAAUCCUGAGAAUAACUGUUUAACCUCUUUGGAGGUACACAAAUUCAAGCCAUCAUGCUUUGAUAUGUUUAUCAUAGCAAACCUUUUGAUUUUUUUUUUAAAAAAUGUGUAUAUAUUUUGGUAAAGGCUACAGGAAUCUUAGCUUAGGCAGGAUCAUCUUGAACAUGAUUGCAAAAGAUUGCCUUUCAGUUGUAUGAACCUCUCCUGCACAAUCAAUCUUAACCUUAUGUUAUUACUUUUAUAUAUAUGUAGAUUACGUGUAAACUCAGAGCCUUUCUGUCAUAGCAGAAUCUAUUCUGUACAGUCCAGAUCUUCCAGUUAAUUUUUUCCUGUGGUAUUAUCCUUUGACACUUAACUUGCAGUCAGAUCAGUUUUUCUUUUUGUGGAAAACAUUUACUUCAUGAGUAAUAUCUGGUUUAAAUAUUUUGUAAUACUGUCCAGACAGCAUACAUAUGUAAGCUCAAAACCAAAGGUUCAUACUCCUUUUAUAAACGAAACUAGAAACUCUUUCUUUGGUCAAUGAAAUUUCUAAUAUUUUUUACUCUUGUAAUGCAUAUGUUAAAGUUCUAACUGGAAAAGAUCCAGCUUGAGGCAAACUUGGAUGCACGUCCCUUUGUUGUCCCAAUAAACAAGUUCCAAGUUAUAUAAAGGUUUGAAGUUUUUCUAAACAGAUGUGCUUUUUACUAUUGUCCAGUUUUAUUUGAAAAAUCUACAUGCGAUUUUAGAAAGUUUAAGUUUCUUUUGAAACUCAGAUAUUCAAUGGAUGGCAAGUGCUCUUACGUUUAUUUCCCAUUUUAAAUAAGGGAUUUUUAUUGUGUGUGUGUGUGUGUGUAAACUACUAAUGCCGACAGCUGGAUUAAAGGUCUGAAUAUACCCCG